GCAGGUUAUUACACUAUUGUUACGUUGCUGAACGUGCUAGUCGCAUCUUCGGCAGGAUUAUUUGCUUAUAUCCAAUUUAUUUGAUCAUCAUAUAUAAAUCAGUAUUCUAUAUCACCAUCAGACUAAAAAAAAAAAGCUCCCGUGAUUUUACUAGAAUUUUCGCAAUCAUUCACUUGUCGUGAUUGGUGCAGGUAAGCAUUUUUCUUGACGAGCCAGAACGCGCCAACCAUCAGCAACCUUUCUAGCAUCAAAGCGCACACAAUGAUGUCUGUGCGAUCGUUGCUCUUCAGCAUUUUCUGUCUCACAGGCCCGUGCUUUGCCGCGGUUCCUCUAGACCAGGACUUUAUAGCGGCCAGUGUUGAUUCGUAUCUUCGUCGAGAGCCUGCCCUGCACGCCAUCUUUGACGCCCUGGCUUCGAAGGAACAUAUCCAAUGCGACCCAUCCGGGAGAGACGGUAAUGGAAACAUCCAAGAACCCGCAACAAUUACGCAUCUGAAGGAGCACUCCUGGAAUCGUUUUUACCAGCUAGAGCUACUGCUUCACCCCGAGCAGCAGAAGCAGAAGCGCCCGAUUCGCUGUGCUAGUCGCCGUUUUCGCAAUGUGAUCUCGAGCAACCCGCCACCGCAGAUGGGUUUCGCGACGCAGCUGCUGUCCUACGUCGAGCCUGAUGUGGUCCGUAGAACCACCCCGGACAGCACCUCCAUGGAGACGAACAAUGUUGGAAGAGCAAAUAACGCUGGAGACGCGGCUGCCCCCCCGCUCUUGGAUGACAGCUUUCGGCAUUUUCUGCAUCUCUUGGAAAAGGCGCUGGUGCGCGAUGAAUUGCGAGACUCUUCCGGCGUUUUUCCGCGCGAUGACGGGAGCAAUUCGUUCGGAACCGUGGUAGAACUCCAGCUCCUGGGCGAAAGAUCGGUGUGGUGCAGCACGUUCCGCGUUCAGACCGGGGGCGUGCCGCUUUCCGACGCCGACAAGGACAAGCUGGGGCGUGCCUUUUUCGACGCCAACUUUGAAAAGAAAGCGUUUCUGCCCAAUGCGCCGAGCCUCAUUGUCAAAGGACACAUCGAGCUGGACGCGGAUCGGGAUGACCUGUGGACUCUCAAGUUGCGUAUUGUUGGCACGGAUGAUGAACUCAAGACACUAGCAACCCCAUAAGCAAAACACCACUUCGGGGAUGACUCAAGUAGUAUCUAGCGGGGCCAAAAAUACAUCCUGCAGGCGUUUCAACUUGUUCACACUUUUGGAAUGAUCUGGUAUUUCCGACGCCAACUUUAUUAAGCAAGUGUUUCUGGUGCCCAAUGCGCCGAGCCUCUUUGUGUACGGAACCAUCGUGCGGGACGCGGAUCAGGAGGACCUGUGGACUCUCAAGUUGGAAGUAAGUAGCAUGUACUAGUGAUCGUAUCAAGAUUCGUCGUAGUUUUGUGGAAACAAGAUAAAGAAGUACUGUAUAGUUGUUUUUGGGAAGAAGUAGUUUUGAAGGAAGAAGUAGUUUUGAAACAAAGUAGUUCAAAUUCAAAAGUCAGAAAUGGCGCCUGUGAAACGUCUCUCUAAUGUGUAUGAUCUUUUGUUUUGGAAAUUUAUCUUCACAGCGUGGCAAUCUGCAUGUUUUUCACAGAACGUGAUACAUGAACCGAGACAGUAAUGAGGGGAUAAGCACGAAAGAAAAUGAAACUGACAGAAGGAAACUGACCAUAAUUGCAACAAAGAUGAACAGUCGGUGCAAGAUUUGUGAGGAAGAUGAAAAGUGGUCUUCUACAAAAUGCAGAUUAUAAAGCCGUUUCUAGCAUAGGAACACUUUAUAAAUGCAAAAUUGAAAAAGAUCAUUUUCUUGACGUGUAAUGCUAAAAAGGAAAGAUGUUUAUUCUACAUCACAAGAAAAGCCACUUAUUGAUACCUGCGAGAAAAUCAAGUCGCAUAUCGACAGGCUGGAGCUACGGGUCUGGUUUAGGCUAGCGCUCAACACCCGUUGUGCUGAUCAUUCAUUGCGCCGUGCAAUCGAAGAAGGAAAGAAAACUUUGGAAGAAGAAGGACUUUUUGUUGGACUACUUGAAGCGUGUUCUACUUGCUGUAUACGGUGUAAUUACAACAAAUUGCAGUAAAGGGCGCAGCGAGUACAAUCUGUGAUGCGUCGUCGGCAAUAAAUGCAGUGUUUAUGAUUAAGCAAAGAGUUGGUACUAGAAAAGGCAGAGGUCUUCUAGUCGUGGGAGAGCAAGCCGCUGUGAGAUCAUGGAUCCUCCACUUUGGUAGAGCGCAGCACUUGCGACGCCUCCGUUUGUCCCUAUGCCCGUGUGUUGAUUUUUGAGAAAUGGCCGAAGGGAUGCGAAGGAGCGAUGUCUUGCUCUUUUGUUGAAAAUGGAAAAUCUACCUGAUCCAAUCGUGGUGCCCGAGAUCACAGACCACGACCUGCAAAUGAAAAAGCAAAAGAAUUGAUAGGAUCGCCUGUAAUACUAAGUUGUAAAAAUACCCCCGAAGUAGAAAAAUUAUAAUCAAAGUGCUAGCUCGGUCUUUGAUCCGAGUCAGAAGAGAAUCGAGGUCGUGAUCAGCAAACGAGCAAAAAAAGAUCAGAAUGAAGUUCCCGGCGACGUGGUUCCUGCGAGAUUCGUAGCAGCCUACGGAUCAUCGUCGCAAGACGACCGGUAGUAGCGAACUCAUUCUCAUACAUGCACGAAAUUUCUGGUGCUCGUCCUGCCCCCCCUGAAAUAAGCAUGUCGCUUUCAAAAUUCUACUUUAGCAGGUUAGUACAUUCUUGUUACGUUGCGGAACGUGCUAGUCGCAUCUUCGGCUUGUAUCCAAUUUAUUUGAUCAUCAUAUAGACAUCAGUAUUCUAAUAUAUCACCAUCAGACUAACUCUAACCUCCCGUGAUUUUACUAGAAUUUUCGCAAUCAUUCACUUGUCGUGAUUGGUGCAGGUAAGCAUUUUUCUUGACGAGCCAGAACGCGCCAACCAUCAGCAACCUUUCUAGCAUCAAAGCGCACACAAUGAUGUCCGUGGGAUCGUUGCUCUUCAGCAUUUUCUGUCUCACAGGCCCGUCCUUUGCCGCGGUUCCUCUAGACCAGGACUUUAUAGCGCCCAGUGUUUGUUCGUAUCUUCCUGGAGAACCUGCCCUGCACGCCAUCUUUGACGCCCUGGCUAAUGGAAACGUGGGGGAACCCGAAGAAAUUUUGCGUCUGAAUACGCAUCUGAUGGAACACUCCUGGAAACGUUUUUACCAGGGACUGCUUCACCCCGAGCCGGCGAACCCGCUGCUCUGUGUUAAUCGCAGUUUUCGCAAUAUGAUCUCGUCGAGCAAGCGCCAGCAGCAGGCGCACCCGAUUCGCCAUGCUAGUCGCCUCUUUCGCAAUGUGAUCUCGAGCAACUACCCACCGCGGAUGGGUUUCGCGACGCAGCUGCUGUCCUACGUCGAGCCUGAUGUGGGGCCCGCGACGCAGCUGCUGUCCUACGUUGAGCCUGAUGUGGGGCCCAGAGCCACCACGGACAGCACCUCCACGGACGUGCUGGAGCGGGCGCAGCGAGCCGGGCACAACAGGCGCGGCUGGCGCUGGCCGAGCGGGCACGCGGAGCUCUUGGAUGACAGCUUUCGGCAUUUUCUGCAUCUCUUGGAAAACGCGCUGUUGCGCGAGCCCUUGCGAGACUCUUGCGGCGUUUUUCCGAACCCUGACGGGGGCGCUUUUGCGAACACCCCGUUCCGAACCCUGGUGGGCAUCCACCUCAUGGCCCAUAGUAGCGACGGUCUACUGACUCCAUUGGAUAGCGAGGGUCUACCUCCCCCCUCGUGGAUGGGAGAUUUGACUACCAGCACGUUAUUGUGAGGAAAAAUCUUCCCUCCCCAUGCUCAAAACGGAAAUUUGCGAUGCUGAUUUGUGACCACAAAUCCGCUGUGUUUUGCACAUGAAUGAGGCAAAUGGAAGCCAUGUCCCGCGUUCUACAGCAAAUCAGUCAUGCGGCUUCCUCUACUGCAAACCUGUCUGUCAUGCCUAGCUGCUAGCCUUUUGCAUACCCAAAAGGCCUUCGCGCUCAUCUUGCCGCAAUACGAAGCUAAUUUGUGUACAGAAAUCUAGCAACACAAAUUUCCUCUUCUAUAUGGGGUGGGGGCUUUUUUUACAUUAAUACGAGUUCCACGUUGAGACCAGGGGCGUGGAGCUUUCCCGCGCCGACUUUGACAAGCUGGGGGUUGUCCCUUCCAGCAGUUUUUUCUAUAAGGAGGUGUUUCUGCCCAAUGCGCCGAACCUCGAAGUGAGCGGAAUGAUCGUGCAGAGCGGUCGCGUGCCGGAGGCGGGGAAUCGGGAGGACCUGUUUUUGCUCAAGUUGACAGUGGGAUAUAUUCCGGGCGGAACGGAUGUAGAAUAUCGGGACUAG